UAUACACAGCUCACAUCUCAACAUGAGGCAACUGAUCAGUGGGCUAUUGUUUUCCUGUGUCCUGUUUAGCUCUGAAUUCCAUGACUGUCAACUAGCCAAAGCGGCUGUGAUAACAGCUCCUCUGGGAGGAACGGUGACGUUAACCUGGAAACGUCCGGCCCGCCUACAGCAGUACACAGUCAGGAACACAGAGUGGAAGGAAGAUAUAUUCUAUAUCUCCAAGUCUGGUGGGGUCAGGGUUGUCCAUCCUGCCUACAAGGACAGAACACGGAACAUAUCCUCAAGUAAAGAAGGGGUCAGUGUGGUACUUCAUGGGGUCAAGUGGACACACUCUGGACGUUAUAAGUGUUUCAGGGGGUCGCCAGAAAGGAGACCCCGCGUUUCUAUCAAUCAAUGUGGCCUGAGACUCGUCGUCAUCGAUGCCCGAGACCCUUAUGUUGCGACCACAGAUGCAUAUGAUCUGUUUCACAACAACGGCAGGAACUUGUCGUGCAUCUUCGUCACCAAUGCAACGUCAUCGUAUCCCGGGGACACCUCCUUCAUCUGGAGGAGGAAUGGAGUAGAGUUUGACAGCAGCAUGGAGCUCCACACGUCAGUCCAGCAUGGAGAGACCGGCAGUCAGCUGAGGGUGGUCACCAGUACACUCGCCGUCACAUCUGUAGGAGACACGGGGGACAGAUUCACGUGCCAAGCUCAAUUUGGGAAGGAACAUCUUACGGGCCAGAGUGAGGAGUUUGCCCUGAACAUGGACUCCGGUCCAGUUGUCUACACCAACCACGUCGUGCUGAACGAAGGGGGCAAGGCCACAUUGACGUGGACGCUGCCGCAGCCCAUGAGCCCAUUCGUCGUGACGUCCCCGAGUGGUGUAGCUAUACUGGAUGUCGACUCUGCCAGCAUCUUCAUCACCUCCCCCUACAGAUCCAGGGUGACGGUCGCCGGAGUCCUUACAGCUGAUGAUUACAUGGCAGUGCAGUUGAUAGUCCACGGUGUCAGGGGGAAUGAUGCUGGGCAGUACUCUUGUGAAACUCGGGAUAAUGGAACUCUCGCUGACUGGGACAACUUCGUGUAUGUCUUACGGAAACCCAGGGACCCGACAAUUUUAAAUGUUCCCGAGAGACAAGGCAUGGCGUUAUCGUGUUCCUCUGCUUCCCGGUCACUUCCACAUAAUAGCCCGGAAAUGUUGUCCUACAACUGGAGGGGGAACAGCAGCGAGGUAGGCAUGGAGGUGUUUCAGAGCCAAGAACCGACCUUCAGCAUCAGGACCAGUCCCAGGGAUGGAGACCACUACUCAUGUCAAGCCACAGAGCAGGGACUUGUGUCACAAUGGAGCGAGCCGUUUGUUCUCAAAAAACCCCUAGUUCCAACAAUAUCCAGUGCAGGGUCUCACCUGCAAGUGAUGCUGACUUGUGUCUCCGCCUCAAGGAUGUUUCCAGAUGCUGAGAGUGAGGAGCUCGUGUACAGAUGGCAGCGAAGCGACAGUAGCCUGGAGGGUGGGGAGAUGAUCGCAGGUGCUACCCUCAACAUCAGUUCUGCAAACCAGGGGGGACCAGUACAGAUGUCAGGCUGUAGAACAAGGCCUUCACUCAGACUGGAGCGAUGCCCAUGUUCUGUCGAAACUGCGCCGCCAGAAUGCAGGAGACAUCACGUUGAGGAUAUAUGUUGAUGAUGCUGUGGGAACAUUCUAUCUCAGCGGGUAUCCGGAACCCAGCAGAACAAGACUAUCUUUCUCUCCAGGCGGACUGACUGACAUUCACAUCUCAAAUACCGAGAAGUACCAACUCACAACAUCAAAUAUCGAGGAUAACU